UCUUGAUAGCUUAACUUUAGUGUGAUGGCGAUAAGUCUGCUCUUUGUUAGCUUGGGUUUGGGCUACGGCUUAUUCUCAGUGAUCUGGGGUGCCAUUGCGGACGCAAAGAAAUGCGCUAGAACACUGAUUGUAGUAGGUGCAUCCAGCAGCGGGGGACUGUUUCUGCUGUUAGGGCUACCACAGAUUUUGCACUUGCCUGUGACUGGGGUACUUCCUGGCGUUACCAUACCCAUCGCAGCCGCAACGUUUUCCAUGUUGGCUACUCCAACGUUCGUAGACAUGUUACGUUCUGCAGAGUGGUAUGGCAUACCGAGUGGAUUAGGAUUGACUGCUGUUAUAUCUGGCCUUUGGAACAGUGCGUACGCACUCGGCUCAUUGACGGGCCCGUUGCUAGGGGGCGUCAUCACAGAGUAUUACGGGUUCGGCUAUUCGAUUAUGACCAUCGCUUGUACCUCUUUCGCUGUUUUGAUCAUCACGUGUCUUUUUGGCAUCUGGGAGUUUCGAUGCGGAAAAGGGAGGCGGGAACCACGCGAGGCUUUUUCUUCGGAGGACAACUCGAAUGAUCAGGAGAUGAGACUACUGUCUUCAAAGUAGAUUGGCAAUUGGUAUAACUGUAUAUUACCCAUCUUGCUGCAAAUGUCCAGCGUAACUGGAAUGUUUUUGUUUCUUUUCGUUACAUACUUUUAUGGUUGAGUUUAUCUGGGAGCCAACUGGACUUCCAAAUAUGGUUGUGCCCAAACUUGGGAGAUGACAUGGAUUCAGGAAUGAUUAUAAGCUCGCAUGACAGGGGUAGUAACAUCACACGCUUUUGUAUUAUUCAACUAAACUAGCGGGGUGGAGUCAUACACGUACUGUACUUAUGUUUACUUUGACCUCAAUUUGCAUGUUGACCACAAGUGGGCGUGGUAAGUCUUGUUGAAAACAUGCAAUAUAAGACAAUUACAUUGCACCUGAAACAACAGUACAACAACCCAUCAGUAUCUAGUGCUGAAUCAACUGUGCCAACAAAAGAGAAACAUCUGGCAUGUCUGGUAGGCCUAUAGUCUCUAUUUGUACACAUUUCCUCAUAAUGUGCAACAUAUUGAAGACAAUUAUCCCUUAAAAAAAUGAAUUGAAUCUUCAAACUUGGUUGGUGAAAUACUGAGGACCUUUUUUUGCCAAAUGAAAUUGUUUGAGACUUCAUGCUAUCAUUUUGCAUGUUUUUCAGCACUCAAGCUCCCAGUCCGGGAUAAUAUGAGCGAUUUUGAACUAGGCUGUCUCGAUACUGCUCCAUAAUCUUAUAAUGUAGGUCUUAAUGAUGAGUUUAGUGAAGAACCAACAUGAGAAGUUUCAUGCUUUAGUAACAUUGUAUCAGCUAUUUGACUUUAAUAGCCCCACUACUGCCGCUAAAGAUUCAAUUUGGGCGAUUCACAAUGCACUGCGCCACCAAGAUUUUGCCACGGAGAGUUCGUUUUUCAAGGUCACA